AUGGACAUCGUCCGUGCCCGCAACGCCGGCAUGCACACCGCUGCCUCCUCCGAGGCUGGCACGGCGGGCUUCCGGCCGCGGCCGACCGACGUCUUUGUCGUCACCUACCCAAAGUGUGGCACGACGUGGGUGACGCAGAUCGUGCACCAGCUGAGGACGGGCGGCGACAUGAGCUUCGGCGAGAUCACCGAGGUCGUGCCGUGGGACAUCCUGGCGCUCGACUGCGGCCAGGACCUCGCCGCCGACCAGGUGGCGGCGCCGCGCCUCUUCAAGAGCCACGAGCCCGCCGACCGGAUCGCGCGCGGCGCGCGGUAUAUCGUCGUGGCACGGGACCCGCUCGACGCCUUCGUCAGUUUCUACCACUUCCUGCCCAGCUACGUCGGCCUGCCGCCCGGCUCGCUCACGGUGGAGGAGUUCGCCGACGGCGUCUUUGACGGCGUGUCGCACUCGGGCUACAUCUGGGACUUUCUGCUCGGCUGGUGGCGGCGGAGAGCCGAGAAGGAGGUGCUCUGGCUCUGCUUCGAGGACCUGAAGGAGGACUUGCCUCGCGAGGUGCGCCGCAUCGCCGCCUGGCUCGGCUACGACGCCGACGGCGCAGACGCGCCGCGGGUCGAGGCGGCGACGGCCAACUCGAGCUUCGAGUUCAUGCGGUCGCACGGCGCGCAGUUCGACGAGCACUUCACGUUCGCCAGGCGGCGCGACGCGAUGGGGGUGCCGGCUGAGUAUGUGUUUGGCGAGGCGGGCGUGGUGGGAAAGCUGAGUAAGCAACCUCUAGAGGAGAAUUGA